AUGGGUCAAGACUGGACGAACGCUCGCCUCCUCGCACAUUCAGGGGAUGCUUACAUGAAAACUGGGCUUGCUGUCUAUAUCUUUGCAAUCACUGAGGACAUGAAGGAUGCACGAGCGUUUUCCUCCCUCGAUGGCGAUAUGCUGAUUAUCCCGCAACAGGGUGCUUUGGAUAUCCAAACAGAACUUGGAAAUCUGCUAGUCCGACAGAAUGAAAUCGCCGUCAUUCCCCGUGGAAUCAGACACCGAGUGACAUUGCCAACUGGUCAAGCACGAGGUUACAUCUGCGAACUUUUCCAGGGACAUUUUAGACUUCCUGAACUUGGCCCGAUUGGGUCAUGCUCACUAGCAAACGUUCGAGAUUUUCAGAUACCCGUUGCUGCAUUUGAUGGUACUCUCCAAAACGGAAGGGCUUGUGGGAACAAUCGGCAGUGGCAAAUCGUGUCCAGAUUUGGAGGACGCUUGUUUAGCUGCACGCAGGGACACACUCCAUUUGAUGUGGCAGCAUGGAAUGGCACAUACUAUCCGUACAAAUAUGACCUUGCUCGCUUUUGCGUGCUCGGUAGCGCUCUGUACGAUCACCCGGAUCCCAGUUUAUUCACCGUGUUAACAGCACCCUCUUACCGUGAGCCCGGUACUGGGGUGGUCGACUUUGCCAUUAUUCCUCCUCGCUGGAAUGUGAUGGAAAAUACAUAUUGGUUACCAUACUAUCAUCGAAAUACAAUGACAGAAUUCUCGGGUCCCAUCAUCUCUAAUCAAGACGAAAGUUGCAAGUGGAACCAGGGUCUGGAAUUUCAACCAUAUGGGGCUUCAGUGGCCUCUGCGAUGGCCUGCCAUGGCGCCUCUAAUGGUGAACACAUAAAAGCAGGAGACCAGGCAACCGAGCCUCAGAAAGUCGGCACUGAGGGCUUUACGAUAUUUCUCCUCGAGACAGAGUGUCCUCUCAGUAUAUCGGAUUGGGCGAUCCAGGAGUUUCAAGUUGAUGGCCAGACCAGUGGGAUCUUGCACAAAACUAGACCCAGUCUCUGA